AUGUCCGACCUUCCUUGGUCAGAGCGAAAGAGGCUCAUUGUUUGUUGUGAUGGUACCUGGCAAGAUUCUACCGGGGACUCAUUCAAACCCCCCACAAAUGUGACUCGCAUCAGCAGAGCGAUCAGUCGCGACGCGGUGACUAUAGAAAACGGUGUGGAGAAGCGGAUUUCACAAAUUGUCUAUUACCAGAAAGGGGUGGGGACAGGUAAUCUGCUAGGCGAUAAGCUAGGCGGUGGUGCACUUGGCUUGGGACUUAGCGCGAACGUACGCGCAGCUUAUGCCUUCCUUGCCGAUAAUUACGAUGAUGGGGAUGAAAUCUUCUUCUUUGGUUACUCCCGUGGUGCGUAUACAGCACGAGCUGUAGCUGGCCUCGUUACUCGGUUCGGCCUGCUUACACCACGAGGGAUGGAUAACUUUACAACACUGUAUAAUGAAUUCUACGGUCAACACCACAAGCCUGCGUCAGAAGUGGAGGAUAAGUAUAAGGACAGAAAAAGGCGGGAAAAGGUUGGUUUUCGUGAACCAUUGCCCCCGUAUACUAUUAAAAUUAUCGGGGUGUGGGACACAGUGGCAUUUCACAACAAUUUUGCGAGCCGGCUGUUUGGGGAGAAGCUUGAACUACCAAAUACAGUAUUGUCGCCUGACGUUGAGUAUGCGUUCCAAGCAUUAGCACUAGAUGAAGAUAGAAACGCAUACCAACCUGUACUUUGGCACCUUCCCAAAAACCAUGGCCAACAGGAGCUUCUUCAGGUUUGGUUUUCUGGACACCAUUCUGAUAUAGGUGGGGGGGCAGAGGAACCUCGUCUUUCUGAUAUUACCCUGGCAUGGAUGGUGGCACAAUCUACCAAGAACAUGCAGUUGGGUAUUGACUUGGAAUAUUUUUAUGAUCAUCAGUCAACAGGGAUUCAGCCGUGGGCGACACACUUGGUUGAUGUUAAUCCAACGAAAAGUAUCUUCGCACGAUUGUUCGAAAAGUUCUUGGGCCAUUCUCCCAGAACCCCUCUUGGAUACCCACCUGACGAGGGUAAUCUCGAUAUUACUAAUGAAUACAUUCACCAGUCCAUCGAGGAGCGGGAUUUCAAAUCAUGGCCCUCGGCUGUCGUGAAAGGGCGCGGUACUAAACCAUACUGGGCCCUAGCUGAUGGUAAGAAGAUCAAGCAGAUUGAUGCAGUUCAAGUGGAGCAUGACUUAAAGGGGCGGAUCAGGAAGAUUCAUCCAAACCAGUGGGAUGAUGCUUGA